AUGUGUCACGAGUCUGAUGCCACCUGCCUCCGCUCACUUUCCCUGUUACCACCUACCUACUGCUCUGCUUUGUUCUGCAGGUACCAGCAGGAGGUUCUUCGGGUGGCUCUGGAGCGCAACACCAUUGUCUACCUGGAAACCGGCAUGGGGAAGACUCUGAUUGCCGUCAUGCUUAUGCAGGCUCGCCGUCAGAUGCGAGAGAGGAGUGGCAAGAUCUGUGUCUUUCUGGUGCCGGCGGUUGCUCUGGUGAUUCAGCAAGCGGCAGUGGUGGAGCAGCAGACGGACAUGCGGGUGGGGAGGUACAGCACAGACACAGAAAUUAAAUACGAGGCGUCUUGGGUGCUGAAACAGGUCUCCAGGCAUGAGGUGCUGGUGAUGACGCCGCAGGUGCUCGUGAACCUGCUGCAGCACGCCUUCCUGUCACUCUCAUCAGUCGAUCUCCUCAUAUUCGACGAGUGCCAUCACACCGCCAAGGACCAUGCCUACGCCACUAUAAUGAAGACGUGGUACUUCUCCCUGAGGCAGAGCGAGAGGCCGCUCAUAUUCGGCAUGACGGCGUCGCCCAUCAACACCAAGGGCAGCGGGUCGGAGAAGUCGUGCGUGCAGCAGCUGCUUGACUUUGAGCGCAUUCUCGACUCCAAGGUCGUGUCUGGUGGAGGUGCUACCCAGCGCAUGGACCAUCCAGUCCCUCUACGACCCCCCUGGGGAGCAGCAGGCGCAGGUGCUGCUGCAGCAGCUGAGGGAGCUCUACACGGUGUUGGACAGGUCAUGUCUGGUGGAGGUGCUACCCAGCGCGCAGACCAUCCAGUGCUGCCGUUCCCCCUUCCCCCGGUUUUUCCCUCAUUCUGUCUCCCCCAGCUCUACACGGUUCUGGACAGGUCGUGCCUGGUGGAGGUGCUACCCAGCGCGCAGACCAUUCAGUCCCACUACGACCCCCCUGGGGAGGAGCAGGCGCAGGUGCUGCUGCAGCUGCUGCUACAGCUGCUGGGGAGGGUGAAGAAGGAGAGGGAGAGAAUAGUGCUGGGGUCGUGUCUGGUGGAGGUGCUACCCAGCGCGCAGACCAUCCAGUCCCACUACGACCCCCCUGGGGAGGAGCAGGCGCAGGUGAUGCUGCAGCUGCGGGAGAGGGUGGAGCAGGAGAGAGAGGGGAUGGUGCGAUGGAUAGAGGAGGAGGGGAGGAAGGUGGUAGAUGAGAGUGGAGGGAUGGGGCAGGAGGGGGGGAGGGAGGGGCGGGUGGAAGAGGGGAGGGAGCAAGAGCAGGGGAGGGACGGGAACCAAGGCGAUCACCAAAGCAAUCACCAGCAGAGGUGGACAGCAGCGUAUGGGGAGGUGCGGCGGAGGAUGGUGAAACGAGUCAAGUACUUUGCAGGGGCGCUUGACUGGUGCCUUACUGACCUCGGCCGCUACCCCGCAUUCCUGGCUCUGCAGGCGCUGCGUGCACAAGCGGCCAGUGGGGGCAUGGACCAGCAUGAGGAGAACGCCCGCCUGCGAGAUGCGUUUGCAGCCGUCCGAUUGGAGUUCAUCAACCGCUGCGAGGCGUUCCUGAGAUGUGGAUUGCCACCCGAGGCCAAGGAACCAGGCCCAGGCGGACUAGAAGCCACCCUCUCCCUCGCAUCGCACCCCUCUGCACUCCUCACGCCCAAAAUCGCCCACCUCCUCUCCCUCCUCCGCCUCUAUGCCUCCCAGCCGUCCCCCACCAUUGUCAUUUUCGUGGAGCGCAUUGUCACCGCACACAGCCUCUCUCGACUCCUCCGUUUGCUGCCCUCGGUUGCUGCUUCUCUGAAGGCGGAUUUUGUGGUUGGUGCUGGGGCUGCCAAGAUCGGAAUCUCGAUCAAUCAGGGCGGGACAGCUAAGCACUCCCGGCCAGAUUCUGCAAUUUCGCGCUUUCGUGCAGGGAAGCUGAACGUGCUGGUGGCAACGAGUGCGGCAGAGGAGGGCAUGGACAUUCCGGCGUGCCACACGGUGAUCCGAUUCGACCGCAUUCUCACCCACGGUACGGUGAUUCGACUCGACCGCAUUCCCAACGUGCGCUCCAUGCUGCAGUCCCGUGGCAGGGCGCGGAAGCCAGGAGCGCACUUCCGCGUGCUUGUGCAACGCGGUGAUAGCAAGUACCAGGAGGACUUAGCCAAGUUGAUGCGCAACGAGGGCAUUAUGCAUUAUGCGCAACGAGGGACUGUGCAGCAGCAGCUGGGGCAUGUGCUUACGUUCCGUGUUCCCCCUUCCUCUUACCUGUUUAUACCCCAUUUAUCUCGGUGGGGCGAUACCAAGUACGAGGAGGACUUAGCCAAGUUCAUGCGCAAUGAAGGCACCAUGCAGGCCACGGUGCAGCAGCAGCGCAACACCCAGAACCAGAAUGAGAACCGAGGGGAGAGGGAAGGAGAUAGAGGCCUGGGAGGGCCGUUUUGGGAAGAUGAAACGGAGGAGGAAGAUGCGGAGGAGGGAGGAGAAGAGGAAGGAAUGGAUGUGGAUUGGGAUGGGAGGGUGAACCUGGAAUUGGGGGCAGGGGAGGUAGGGGAGGGGGAUGGAGUGAUUGCAAGAAGAGAAGGUGGUGUGGAUGGAGAGGGUGUGAGAGGUGAGAAGGGGGAAGGGAAGGUGGAGAGUAGGUGGGGGAUGAGAAGCGGCAGCAAGGUGUUGGUGGUACCGAGUACAGGGGCGCUGGUGACGAGACAGGGCAGUGUGGCUCUCGUGUAUCAGUUCUGCAACACUCUGGGGACCAAUGACGGGUGGGUUGCCUAUUAA